UUCAGCAUCCCCUGCCAACGUUCCCCGUCCCCGCACGUUGACCCUCGCCCCCGUGCUCAUCGUCAUUAUCUAUCGUAUCCUAGUCUAACACAUUUAGACUACUUUGCCCGCACUCAGGACGCUGUCUGUCUAUCUAUUGACGUAGACAAGCAAAAUUCAACCAGCUCAUCAUGACGGUACAUGACGACCACCGACGCGGCGACGACGCUCACCUUCUGAGCCUCCGCUUAGCAUUAGGCACCAUCCUCUCGCCCAAACGCCCUCAAAUGACCCGCUCGAACACCACCUCGGGCACCGCCUCCCCCUCAAACCACUGCCCACACUCUGCGAUCCCGCUCUCCCCCUCGCACUCGAACUCGGGCUCGCACCCUGCCCCGUCGCCCAUUCCGCCCAUCCCGAACCCGACCGUCGCGCACCCGCACCACGCGCACCACCACCCAUUACGCACCGAGCACCAUCAGCCCCAUCACAGCGGGAGCGAGCAACCUGUGAUGCCCGGCGUGGAAACCGCGCACCUGCAUCCCGCGCACGACCCGCACCCGCAGGCCCCCGACGCCGUCGCGGGCGCGGGCGUGCCGGGGAACAUGACCCCCGGGGCGCGCACGCACUUCCUCGAGGCGCUGCAGUCGAAGAGCAAGUCGUGGGACGCGAUGAUCCACGGGUCGUGGGUGUGAGGUCACCAGUUCGCGAGCGCGAGCGUGCUUCGUCUGCCUCCCCGGGCCGCUCCUUGUUUACGUCCCUCGCCUGCCUUCCGGACGUCUUGUUCUCUCAUGACUGCGACUGUGAGUUCUCCGGUCACGCUCCGCGCCUCUCUCUUGCAUCGCGUCGCGCGCGUCACUGCGCGCGGCGCACUCCUCGAGCUUCGUCGGGCGUACCGUACCUAGACGUUAUCCCAUCGUCCGAUUCAAGCUCCUAGAGCGCCCAGGCCACCUCGGCUUGGGCCCAGUUUAGAGACCGGGACAUGCGCGUUCGCUAUGUUGCCAUACGAUCUUAUUCUACACGAUCCCCGAUCACGUCUGUGUUCUACGUCUUGCCAUCCAUCUAUGUACUGUGCUCAUAUCCCUAUUCCCUGUUGCUCUUGCGUUCUGUUGUUGCCCGUUGCGAUGUCAUACGCGAAUGGCCCGGUGGACAUGGGUCUUGCGCAUGGACGUUAUGUUCGCGCGUUGGGCGCCACAGACUCACCGCGUGUAUGCAGGUCCCAAUGAGACGUUGUC